AUGGCCGCGACGGGAGAGAACGGCGCGGUGGGGGGUGGCAGGGCGGAGGGGGCGCCGGCACCCGGCGGGCUGGAAGGCCUGGAGCAGGGGAUCGUGGUAUCGGUGAAGGAGACCCACGCGUUUGUGAGGUGUCCAACAUUCGUGGACCCUUUGCUGUUCAAUGCGACCGACUUUGUGGUGAGUGAGCCCAGUCCGGAGGAUGUCCCACACUUGCAAUCCCACCUCUCUCCAGGGGACGAGGUCACCUUCAGGGUGGGUGCCAAGGUGGAUGGCGAGUUGAGGGCAUUGGAGGUGAAGAAGUGUGGUGGGGCUCGGCAACGUCGACCCACUUCUGCACAAACACCCUUUGUUGGCCGUCAUGGACAAGCAGAUGACAUGCAGAACGUCUACAGGGCGCUGUCUGGCAUUUCCGGGUUCUCUACUUCCCUCUCCAGUCACUUCUCUGGCCUCUCCGACCUGUUGGCACAUGCGGACAGCAUGGGCGACAUGGAUGGGCAGAGUUCCACCCGGGAGCAGGGCAUCGUUGCGAGGCUCAAAGACACCAAUGGCUUCAUCAAUCGUCCACGGCCACAUCUGGGACGCAUCUUUUUCCAUUUCAAGUACCUUAGGCCCAUAGAGGGUGGUGGGGCAAUAUCGAAGCUCGAAAUUGGGACAGAGGUGUCAUACGUUGUGUGUCGGGAAGGCGGACGCAUGUUUGCGGCAGAUGUCGAACUUCUGCCAAAGGGCACCAUUGUCCAAGAAGUAGCACUUGAAGGUCAUGUAAGAGGCCGUGUGAUGAAGCCAGCCCUGAGUCAGCCAUCGGAUGUCCGAGAAGAUGGUAUUGUGGGCUAUGUUGAUGAUGCAGGGCAUGAACAGAGAUGUUACUAUGGAAGUCACCAGGUGGAGCAGGCUGAUGUGGAACUAGACGAACGGGACGAGGUGGAAUUCAGGGUGGUGUGCAACAACUACCGGAGGGAGGGCAGGGCCUUGGAGGUUCGACUCAUCUCCAAAGCACCAGAGCGUCGUGAGCUUGGAAAGGUGGCUGUGAUGAAAAACAACUUUGGGUUCAUCAAGUGCUGUGAGCGUCACAACGAUGUGCUCUUCCACUUCAGUGAGUUGGUGUCCAGUGACCAGUCAUCAAGGGUGAAUGUGGAGUCUGGUGACCUGGUGGUUGGGGAUGAUGUUGAGUUCGUGGUUAAGUGGGACCGAGAGAAGGGCAAGCAGCUGGCCUUGAAGGUUAAAAAGGCAAAGCCUGGGUCGGCAGUGUUUGAAAUUCUGUCUGACGAAGUGUACUAUGGCCUGGUGGUUGAGCGCUUGGGCUUGUGGAAGCAGUACGGACCGGGAAGCAAUGGGGUCGUGCUGUUUGAGAAGAAUGGACUUUCAGAGAAGCUCACAUUUGGAGCAAAUGACCUUGAGGAUCGACAAUUGAACCCACAGGUUGGCGACAAGGUGUCGUUUCGCAUUGCCACGAACCUGGCGCAGGCCAAGUCGGCUGAGAAGCUGGAUGGUCCUGCUGCCAAGUACGGCGGCCGCAGGGCCACUGGAGUGGCACUUGUGAAGUACAUGGGGAAAGUUGCGUCACUCUUCCAGAAUGGGUCCUAUGGCUUCAUCGACUAUGAACAUGAGCGGGGCAUGUCAAGGAUAUUCUUCCACUGCAGUGAGGUUGAGAGGGGGGUGUAUCUGAGACCAGAUGACGUUGUCAAGUUCGUGCGGGUCUACAAUCCUCAGAAGCAGCAGCACCAAGCUAGACGUCUGCAGAGGAUCCAGGAGGCACCAGUAACUCCCAAGGGGGCACCAGAGAGCAAGGGGUCCUUCAGCAAGCUCCAGCUCGUUUCAUCAGCACUGACACUGGAAAAGCCACCACCCGCACUGUCAUCUACAGACAAGUCGACCACUGCUCCGCAGUCUGCUCGGGGGGGUGCUUUGGGCAAGACCGCAAGGGGCCCAGAUGGCACCAAGGGCUUUCCGUCAGGGCGUGGAAGGAGCUUGGAACCACCCCCUGAGGAGCUGUCACCAAGAUCAUCGAAGAAGCUUGACCCCGGGGCAACCCCCUUCAUCCCAAGGGCCAUGAGUGGGACAGACUCCAUGCCAUUGCCAGAUGCUGACCUGCAGUCCCGACCCUCUGCGUGA